AUUCUUGUGUAGUACUGAACAACUACAAUGCCACUGCUAACUGGACCUCGCCUAUGAACGCCUCAUCGUCCAUAAUAGAGUUUUGGCAACGACGGGUGCUGAAUAUAUCCACUGGCAUUGAGGUCUUGGGAAGCAUACAGUGGGAACUUUCUUUGUGUCUUCUUCUGGUCUGGAUCAUCUGCUACUUCUGCGUCUGGAAGGGAGUGAGAUCCACGGGAAAGGCUACCUACUUCACAGCCACAUUCCCCUUCAUCAUGUUGAUGGUGCUGUUUCUCAGAGGAAUGACCCUUCCUGGAGCCCUCCAUGGUAUCAAGUACUACCUGAACCCCAAUCCUGCGCGGCUCGCUGACCCGCAGGUCUGGAUGGAUGCUGGAACCCAAGUAUUUUAUUCUUAUGCCAUAUGUUUGGGGUGCCUGACUACACUUGGAAGCUACAACAAGUACAACAACAACUGUUACAGAGACUCCUUCUAUCUUUGCUUGUUGAACAGCGGGACCAGCUUCAUAUCCGGCUUUGCCAUUUUCUCAGUUCUGGGCUACAUGUCACAGAAACAGGGUGUCGACAUUCGUUCAGUUGCUGAGUCAGGCCCUGGUCUUGUGUUCAUAGUCUACCCACAAGCUGUGACCCUCCUGCCGUGGCCUCAGGUCUGGUCCGUGUGCUUCUUCACCAUGAUCAUCUUGUUAGGAAUAGACGGUCAGUUUGCUGGGCUUGAAAGCAUCAUGACCUCCCUAACGGAUGUCUACCCUUCCCAGAUCCGAAAAGGAUAUCGCAGAGAGCUCCUGCUGCUGCUCAUCUGUGCUAUUAGCUAUGUGUUUGGCCAGUUAUUGGUGUCACAGGCUGGCGCAUACAUUCUGCAGAUCUUUGAUCACUAUGUAUGCAGUGGUCCUACUCUUCUUCUGAUGGCAAUCUUCCAGUCAGUGAUUGUUGGAUGGAUUUAUGGUGCUGAACGCUUCAGUGACAACAUCGAGGACAUGAUUGGGUAUAAACCUCUGUCACUGAUCAAAUACAGCUGGAUGUAUGGCACCCCUCUUAUCUGCAGUGGCACCCUUGUAUUUCUGCUCCUGAGAUACACCCCCCUGAGGUUCAACAACUCCUACGUGUAUCCGUGGUGGGCGUACUGUGUCGGCUGGUUUUUAGCCAUGUCAUCUCUUACCAUGAUUCCAGUGACGAUGGUCUGCAAACUGGCUAAAGAAAAGGGGACUCUCUGGCAGCGUCUCAAGUCAAGCUCCCAACCUGCCGAAGACCUUCCAGUGAUAGCAAAGGAAAUGACGAGCAUCAGUGCCUUACUGUCUGUCCCUGAUGGUGGAAAGAAUGGCAAUAUUUAAUGAAAUGCCAAUCCUUUAAAAAUAACUUUUUUUAUUCUAUAAAAUAUGUGGAGCAGGUUGUUAACUAUAUAUAUGGUGAUAGUUUUCAUUGACAGAUAAAGGCAGUUUUAGGGCGAGGUGACCUAUCUUAAUACAGUAUAUUAAAUGUCUAAUAUAGUUGUUUUUUUUUAAUUAAUCAUUAAAUUAUAUUUGGAAGUGUUACAGAUACUGAAUGUACAAAAUACUACAUUGAGCUGCAGAUGUGGAUUUAAAGAAUCCACAUCUCAAAUACCUCAAAAACCUAAAGGACAACAAUGGUGUUUCUACAUGUUUUAGCCCAUCACAAACGUUUACAAUAUUGCUGUCCACAGGCAGGGCAUUACUCACUCUAGUAUGGAAUAAUAAGCCUGGUGCUGUAAAGAUUAUUCCAGUAAUUCUACAUUACAUUACUUACUGUUGUUCAUCAGGUUUCACAUGUAAAAUGUUCCUUAGCUAUUUUUGUUAAGAGAUCAACACGUUAAAAACUAAAUCUGCUUCAUCGGGAAUGUGAGGGAGUAGUUUGAUCACAUUGAAUUGGUGGUGUCAUUACCAUGGCAACAUGAGCAAACAACCAGGGACUGUGGUGAAAUUUGGAUCCGGUUCUAAUAAUGUUAAAUUAUGAUUGGUCCAACUGAGCCACGCCCACACAAGACAAAAGUACAAAUAUAGAAAUCCCUCCUGUGACAUGACCAAAACUGUUGGAUGAAAAAAGAUUUAUGGUUUUGGUUUAUGUAAAACUACAGCCAGUAGCUGAUUAGCCUAGCUUAGCAUAAAGACUAAAAACAGGGCAAAAGCUAGCCUAGCUCUGUCAGAAACUCAGUAAUUAAUACAUUACAUCUUGUUUGUUUAAACUGAUGUGUAAAAACAAGAAGUUGUAGUUUUUACGUGGCGUUAUGUGCUGGACUAUCUAUUGGUCGGGCACAUUGACCUCCUGGAGUCACCUUGAGGUUGCCAGGCAACCAGCAGAGAAAGGUGUGUAACAUUUACUAGUGUUUUCGUUACACUCCUUCACGCUUGAAGGCUGAGCUGUAUUCAGUUAGUUGCAAUCUGCAACUUCACCACUAGAUGCCACUGAAUCCAACUCAAUGGUCAACAAAAACAAGAAAUAAUGUGUCAAUUAGUGAUCUUUAGAGGUGCUUGUAGGCAGAUUUUUUUUACCGACAGAACCUGGCAAGCUCCACUUGCUUCC